GGAGAUGCGCGCGCACCUCUGACGGAGCUGGAGAGGAGAGCCAAGUAUUUGGGAUAGUUACUACCACUCAGUUCUGACUGGGAUUUCCUUGACACAAGUCAGGGCAUUGUGUUGAAAGGGCUCCUACAUUCUUGCUGUCAUCAAAAUCCGAAAGUCUCUGGUGCAAUCGAGGGGCCAAAAAAGGAUUUUAAAACACCCGUGGGGAUGCAAAGGAAUUUUCCAGCUAAUGGCUUUGUUUGUACUUGUGUAUUCGAACCAAACUUAUUGGUAGCACCUUUUUUUUUAGUAGCACCUACUAGAGAGUCUGGUCUGAAAUGAUAAAAACUAUUUCAUUACGGGUUUAUGGUUGCGAUUAGUCGUUUGCUAGUUAGUAGUUGAAAACCUACCCCCAAAAACGAUGUUGUGAAUCCAAGAACACAACACAGAUACACAUGAUUAUACGGCGGGUUUAGAUUGGGGUAUGCGCCAUUGAUUCGAUGGUAAUUACAUAUUUGUGUGCUCUGGACGCAUUUUAAGCUUCAUGAUGAACAUGCUCUUUGGAAAUUGUGUCGGCAGCUGUGACCAGCUGGCCGGUCCACCGCCGGACUUUAUACUAUCGAUGCCGCCGCCACCGCUGCCGUCCUUCCUAAUCUCCAAGCCGGCGACGGUGGACAUCCUGGUGCCCUCCAAUGAGUCGCAGCCGUGCUUCGCCGCCUUCAUGUGCGGCCAUGGGAUGCAGCACAACGAGAGCGGGAACGCGCUGAUGGAGCUGGUCAGGAGUGAUUCCAAGAGUCUGGAGAGCGUCUGGCUGUUCGUCUCCUCCUGCAUCGGGAUCUUCGUGUUCGGCUGCUUCCUGGCCCUCAUUGUGAUGCGAUGCAGAGAUUCCUUCUUCUCGUACCAUGACGCCAAUAUCAAGCAGACGGCUAUUAAUGCCCUGGGCGAGGCGACCAAAUCCAAUGCCUUCACAUCCGGCGGAAUUCUGUAUCCCUGCGCCACGGCCAACAGUCGGGAUCUCCUCCAGAGCCAGCUGGUCAACGACAGCCGUCUCCUGUGGGCCACCCUAACGCCCCACGGCACCCGGCACUUCAUCAUCGAGAACUCCCAGGACGGGCACUACGAAUCGGUAGACUAUCGCGGCAAGUCGCACAGCCAGGUGUUCCGUGGCUACGAGAAGCACUCGCAGUCCUUUGUCAAGUCCUUUGACAAUAAUGGCUUUGUCGACUACGACUACGAGGAUCCCACGCCAUUGAUGGACUCCUACCACGAUGACAUGGACUCGGGCUACCAGGAGCCGCACGAGGUGACUGGCUCCCUGAAGCGGUCGGCGAUGCGCACUGUUGAGUCACUGAACGACACCCCGACCAGUGGAGGAUCGAGCUCAAACUACCACUCCAGCGCCAACCAGAUCGGCAACUCCAAGUCCAUCAGCCGCAAGACGACGCUGUCUCGUCGCAUCAGCGAUGCCUCCUCCCAGAAUGGCACCUCCAUGUAAAUGUGCUGUCAAUUGGGUAUGGUACAUUUUCAUUGGAUGGAGUCCAUUGGGAUUGGGAUUGGGAUUCCGGAGCUCGGGGAUGGAGGAGAGAUCCGGUCAUGUCGUCCACAUCACUAACUGCAGAUCGUAGUGAUUACACGCUGAUAUUUUAGACUAUUUUAAAGAGUGAGGCACAAGUGUGGGCUGUUCUCGAGGAACACAAAUGUUGGCCACAUGAAGCUAUCGAGCCAGGAGCAUGAGCAUCCCGAGUGCCGGACUGCAGCUGCGCUGGAAUCGUUACCCAUUUUACUGUAGAGAACCACGCACAUGCGAUCAUCUUUUAAGCCUACUAUGGAUUGUAUCCGCUGGUGUACCAUGUAUAAUACUCGUGCACAAAAUACUCGCUUGUAAACACACUACACACUACACACUACACACUACACACUACACACACGUCUUUUAUAAAUAAUACCCGCAACUAUAACUAUAUCAGAUAAUCCAACUAACGCUGAUCGGAAAGGCCAACUAUUGUAUCUGCAUAUAGACCUAUCACUUGGAGUCCUUCUCACCCGGUUUGGGGUCAGGAAUAAAUAAACAUACAUAGAUUUUGAAAAUACUCUGAACACGUCUCGCCUUCAGCGCUCGUUUAAUUGUUAGCCAUAAGAACAAUAAAUAAUAAUAAAAUUCUCAGUAGUACAUAAACAUC